AUGAUGCAGGCCGGGUAUAAAGUUAGUUACGUAACAAUUUUAGCCCAGGCCCUUUCUCUAAGAUCAUCACGGAGGCCGGAGUCACGAUCGGAUCGGAGCAUCAUAUUUUACGAUGGAUUUUGGAUGGCUAUGAUGGUGAUCAACAACCAAGGCAAACCUCGCCUCGCCAAAUUCUACAAUUAUACGCCUGUGGAACAGCAGCAACAACUAAUUCGAAGCAUCUACUCAGUCUUAUGCUUGCAGCCUGAAAAUGUAAGCAAUUUCAUUGAAGGAGGCGCGCUAUUGGGUCCGGAUUCAAGACUUGUUUACAAGUUGUUUGCAACAUUGUACUUUGUGUUUGUAUUUGAUAGCUCUGAAAAUGAACUGGCUAUGUUUGAUCUUAUACAAGUAUAUGUGGAAACAUUGGAGAAGUGCUUCAGCAAUGUAUGCGAACUUGAUAUUGUUCUCAAUUAUGGCAAGAUGCAUACUAUCUUAGAUGAAAUGAUUCUUGGAGGUCAAGUUGUGGAAACUAAUUCUCAAAACAUAAUCAAAGCUGUUGAAGAAAUUUCAAAGUUGGAAAAAGUCACAGCUACUACCAAACUCAUCUCCAAGUCCACAUCUCUAUUUUGGGGAUAAUUUUGUAACAAUCUAUUUUUAAGUGAUUGCAAAGAUUUUACAAAAAAAGAAAAAAAGAAAAAGAAACUUUGCUAAAUUCUUUGAAUUCUUUACAUAUUUAAAGCAUAUAUUGGAAAUAGAAGUGCG